AUGUCACUUCCCGCGGGUGUUAUCAAUCUAUCAAGGGUUCCAACAAGUCGGGGACCCAGCCAACACCAAUCGAACGCAACCCCUUCCGAGCGACGCCUGGACGGUAUCACGUUUUCCAACCUAGUCUCAAACAGUUAUAGCAGUGUAUCAGAAGACGGUUUUGAUCGAAAGAGUGGAUCAAAGAAUAAUGAGCAGGAUGUGGCACCUCUGUUCCUUAGCUCAACUAUUUCACGGGACGAUACUCAGAGCCAAGCCGAGCAAGAACGCGAAAAGUUAUCACACCUCAAGUUUCAUUUGAACCACGAUAACCUAACUCUGUCUCGUUCUUUCACCUUGGGCCAGUCUGUGCAGCCCAGUAUUUUCGCACGUUCUCGGAUGCCGCCGCCACCGCCGCCGCCACCAUUCCCAAUGCCCUAUCCCGGUGCUUCUCAGCGUAACAAACGCCGUCGUCUACCUCAAUUUCCCGGGACGUCUCCUUUUUCAUCAUUCAAGGCCUCGAAGAACUCCAAAUGGCGGAGGAAACUGCAGGCUCAAAGACAGCCAUCUACAGAAGCACGUCGGGAAGAUAUUGAUGCGCGAAACAUCGAGCAGGUGAACUUUCACAGUAAUCUCCAUGGCAAUGAGGAGAGAAAAACAGUGGAUCUUCAGACAAUCGAAGAACAACAAGACUCCGGCCACGAUGUGAGCCUUGCCGAGUCUCUUGCCUUGAUUACAGAAAGGUACCUCGGCGUCGACAUUUUGGAUCAGGGUAGAGAGGUAUCCACCUUCGUGUCCUACCUUCUUGACACAAUCGAGAUUUUGCAGAGCCAAGCACGGUUCCGCGCUGCCGACAGCUCCGACAGUGACUCUGACAGUGACUCGGGAAGUGUAGAAGUAGCCGUCAGUCAGCCCCCCUAUUUUCAGACUGUUCAUCGACUCAUCUGCGCAGUCGGGGAUCAUCACCACUCCGGAAAGCUGUCUGAAGAUGAACCAGUGGCUCGAAAGACCAAGUCUGCUGGCGAUGCAGAUCGGCUUGAGGCUAAGAGGGAGAUCAACAACCUCGAAGCGUGGGCAGGCAACCGACCGUCGCUCUGCUUCGUUGUCAUCAGGGAGCACUGUUGCUCUCCAAACCAAAGAAAUGAUAACCAGAGACGAGAGAUGCCAAAUAACAGUGUCAAUCCUUCUUCCAGACUAGAGAGGCUCAGAGUAGUGUCACCUAUACUCCAGAAAGCCUUGCAGAAGGUUGCGGAGUUUCAAAUCUACCCUAAGUCUGAACAUUAUGAGGCUGCUAUAGAAAUGGAGGCCCCAUACCUAUUCUUGUUCCACCAUCGAAAAAGUCUAGCAACAUUAGCAGAGACCGGACCAUACCAAGAAGUGCUUUUGCCUCUAAUGAACUUUCUCGAAGAAAGUUACGAGGCCGAAUACACUGAGGCUGAACAGAUGUUUGCCCAGGGACAUGUCAACGCUCACCAUAUCCACAAGUUGUUCAAGCCGAAUCAAAUACUUCUUAAGAAAGAUAGAGGGAAUCGCUCACUCGCAUUUGUACUCAAAGAUUACAGCCAGGCGACCGAGGAUGGUAUCAUGCUGAAAGGAUGGAAAUGGCACUACGACGGCAAUGACUUGAAGCGAACGCAUGAAACCGGGCUGAUCAGGUCUGUAGCUGAGGAAAGGGCGGACAUUCGUGACCUCUCCGUUCACCCAGUCGAGUUUGCCAGAGAAGAAGACGUCCAAAUGUUGACCCAAAGGGGAAACAAGUUCUGGAGCAUGAGAGAUCAAGCAUACACUUGCUACACAGGGUGGGACAGCGGGUCAAAACAUCAUUAUGCCUCUGCAAGGUUCAUGGUGGAUACGGCAACGUAUCACAUGAUGCAUACCGACUUGACAUCCUCGUUAUCUGAGAUGCCAAGCCAAUAUGAUCCGUGGCCUAUGAAAGUCAACCGUCGAGAAGACUUACCGCACAAAGCCGAAAUGCUGAUGCCCGCCAUUGUGCAUGGGUUCAAUCUCCAACAAAAGAAAUGGGUUAGUUUGAACGUCGAAAAUACUCAUCCAGUAGAUUGGAACCACAAAGCCUUCCAGCGCCUCGUUUUGGAUAAGAAGAUCAAGGAGAUGAUCCAUGCACUCGUCAAUGUUCAGACCUCGGCAAAGAAGAUGGACGAUAUCAUCACUGGAAAGGGCAAUGGCCUGAUUAUACUCCUUCAUGGAAGUCCAGGGACUGGAAAAACAUUGACCGCAGAAAGUGUUGCAGAAAUCGCAGAAAAGCCGUUGUACCGAGUGACCUGCGGAGACAUAGGUACUGAAGCGCGUGAUGUGGAGAAAUAUCUCGAGACAGUUAUGUACUUGGGCAAAACUUGGGAUUGCGUUCUUCUGCUGGAUGAAGCGGACGUUUUCUUAGAAGAGAGAACUAUGGCAGACUUGCAGCGAAACAGCCUGGUGUCCGUCUUUCUACGGCUCCUCGAAUACUACGAAGGCAUUCUCAUCUUGACGUCCAAUCGCGUUGGAUCCUUCGACGAGGCAUUCAAAUCUCGUAUCCAGGUGGCGAUUCACUACGACAAUCUAACCAAGAUGUCACGUAAAGCAAUUUGGCAGAACUUUUUCGACAUGAUUGAGGAAUCAGUCGAGGAAGAUGCCAACAUGCCAGAACUAGAAAGAAGACUCGACCAGUUGGCAUCAGAAGAGAUGAACGGCAGACAAAUCCGGAAUGCGCUGCUCACUGCGCGACAGCUAGCAAAGGAUCGCAAGGAGCGAUUGGACUGGGAGCAUCUCAGCCAAGUUAUCAAGACUUCUGCUACUUUCAAUAAGUACCUCAAGGCGGUGCGUGGGCAUACUGAUGAGCAGUGGGCAAGGGGGGAAUCGCUGCGUUAA